AUGCUGGUGCUGAAGCCUGACUUGUCUUUCCUGCAGGCUGGGGUCCCGUCCAACGCCACUCUUUCCCAUCUGCUGACACGCCUGACACCUGCCCACGGCCAUACUGCACAACUCUCGGGGGUGUUACAGGGCAGGCGUGCUGUCAUUGAGGGUGGUCAAUCAUGUCCCCAGUGUGGCCGCUUCUUCCUACGUCCUGUGGACUUAGGGCGACACCUUCGUACUCACACUGGGGAGAAGCCAUUUGCGUGCCCUCAUUGCUCCUUCCGUAGUGCCCAGAGUGGCAAUGUUUAUCGACACAUCAAGAUGAAGCAUCCAGAGUUUGCUGCAACUGCUACACCAUGAAAACCCUUUGUCUCAUGCACCUGGAUUGUUUAGGUGAUAGUACAGCUGUCUUAUUUUCACCACCACUACCACCACCACCACCAGUAUCUUGAGCACUUAGUAGAUUAUCUACAAUGUGAAACUAUAAUUAAAGUAGUUUGGUUUUGUACCAUUCUUUUGAGGCACUUGUUUUAAAAGCAUAAGUAAAAAUUCUAAUAAAUAUGAAAAUGUUUCGAAGUAAAUGAAAGUGCCGGCUUAAAUUGCUCAUUGUGUUGAUUUCUCUCUAUUGUAGGUAAGCCCAGGGAGUGGUGGUAGUGGUGGUCAGGGAGGGAGUGGGGCCUCCUUGUUCAACCGUCAACAGCAGCAGCAACACCAGCAACCACAGCAACUUCAGCAAGAUCAACAGCAGGUGGAUCCCAUUGAGUACCAGCUACUCAUUGAUGGAAGAAAGCAGUAUGCAUGCCAGUUCUGUGGCAAGUGGUUUGCCACACCCUCCAAAGUUGUUCGUCAUGAAAGAACUCACACUGGGGAAAGACCAUAUGAGUGUCCUCACUGUCCACUUUCCUUCAACCAACGGGAAAUUUUAAAACGGCACCUUAGAUCUGUACACAAGAUCCCUACCUCAUGGUGAUAGAUGGUUAUUUUCAGUAUUUUGAUUGAGCAGAUAAUGCCUUGGUGAUAUCAAUGUGAAUAAAUCUAGAAAUUUUAAUUGUAUGUGAUGCUAUAGUUUUGUAAUCAAUUAAUUCUCAUCAUCUGCCAGUACAACCAAGGUUUAUUGGCGAGCUCUCUCAUUUCUUUUUAAUUUGAUGCAGUAUGCAUUAUUGAAAUAAAAACAUACUUUUAUAUUAUUGCAAGUUUUCCUUGGCAAUACAGUUGACCUCAGGAAAUGUUGAAAAGUUUUGUGAUAGUUUAACUUACAGGUUUACUAACUGCUGUAUUCAGAAAUAUAUAUAUAUA